UCUAUCUCGAUCUUCACUUCCAUACGCAAACAAUGUCCGACGCCACUCUGUUUCUCCGCAAAAACAAGGACAAACAGCGUCGCAGGAACGUCUCUGGCGCUUCUCGAAUCGCUAGCACCAGCAACUCAUCGUUGGCCUCGCGACCUGGCGCCUCAAAAGGCCAACCUGUCGCUGGUCCGUCAUCCUCUGGAGCACCAUCUUCUGCCGCUCCUUCUCCAUCAUCUGUUUCAAUCAAACCAGAACCGGAUAGCUCGAAUAAUCCUAAUAUUACGGAAAUCAAAAUCUUCUCCACUGGUUCUAACAGCGCAUUGCGAUACAAUCUCAUGCGCCUCAACUCUGUUAAGGAUGUUGAUCCCACACAGAUAACAGCGCCUGUAUUGAUGAACAGGAAGAAACCAGGACCAAAAGAUCCCCCUACUUUUGCGCUGGACGAAAACGGCAAAAUCGUGGGGCGGUAUGUAUACGAUGAGGAAGGUAAACCUAUCUUGGAUGAGGAAGGCCAGCCCGUGGUUGAGAGGAAGGAAGUGGUCGAUAUGUCUCUUGUGGGACAAGCGCCUGGCGGUGGCAGGAAGAAGAGGGUCAAGAGGGGCACAAAGGAGGUUUUCCACCAAGAUAUCGAAAUCAUGCGUCUUCGACGAGAAGAAGCUCUCCCUUGGGUGCUGGAGAGUGGCAACCCCCAGGACAAACCUGCCCAACCGGAACAAUGGGUAGGAAGGAUGUUAGAACAAGGACAGCUAUCUACUGUGCUUCUGUCGAAUGACGGGACACGAGAUGGGUUCGAAAUGAUGCCAUUGGGCAGAUCCUACAAAUUUGAACCGGCUCGGCCUUUUAAGCCUUUAGACUCCGAUGCUGCUAACAAACUGUUUGAGUUGCAGGCAAAGAACAAGAUUCACGAUCGAUGGGCCUUCCGCCCUGCAGAUAAUCAAAGCGGGGAAGCAUCCUCUGCUUCGACGCCUAUUCAAGUCAAGGCGGAGCCAAACGAGUUGGAACAGCGCGCAUCCAGAAUGGAGACGAGGAUCAAGAUGCACAAGGGCGUUACUGUCGACCGGAAGGCCAAGGUUGAGCGGUACGAGGAUGAUUAUCAGCGUGAAGGGCAUCGAGUGGAGCGUGGUAUGGAGGGUGGCGUGGACGAAGAGCUCGAUUUCGAUGAGGCGGAGGAAUUUCAAGAUGACGACGAUAACAAUACAUUCUACCGCGACGCGCAAGAAGAGGAAGAGGCCAGAGAGUUGGAAGAACGGCUCAAAAAGGAGUUCCGUGUGGCUAAUGCCAACGUCGGUGACCGGCCUCAGAUUGACGCGGAGGACGACGAAGAUGAUCUUUUUGGAGACAAAUCACUUGAUGACGAGGGUAAAAAGUUGAGGAAGAUUAUGAGAAGGAGGAUGAGGGAAAAUGGAGAGGAUUAUGAUAUAGAUGAUGACUCGGACUCUGAUUCGGAUGAUGAAUCUACAACCAGCACUCAGAACAAGGAAAAAGAAAAGGAGAAGGACAAGGAAAAAGAAAAAGCCAAAGAAAAGGAUUCUUCUCGCAACCCUUCUCAACCGCCUUCACGUCCCAGCUCUCGUCCCCCUACUGCUCGCACAUCGUCACCUUCCGGGUCUAAUCCUCGCUACCCCAGUCCGAAAAAGGGCAAAGCCUCCACCGCCCCUCCUCCAGUCUCUGGCGCGUCUCUCAUCGCCCAGCGCGCCACCUCGCGAGGAGCUAGCCCUCGUCCUUCCACCCAUGGAGGACAUGUUGCCGGUAGAGCCAGUAGCCCUCUUGGAAGGGUGCCCAGUCCCGCUGAAGGUCGUGGUCCUGGUGUCACGGGUCAGAGUCAGCCUGCGUCGAGGGCUACAAGUCCCGCGGUCAGAGAGAGCAGUCCGGCCUCGGGAGGUGCUGCAGCCACCGGAGGGGCCAGUCCUGCUUCCGGAGGGCCAUCAACGAGGGACGUAUCUCCUGCUCCUCCUGCUGGUAGACCGUCUCCGAGAAAGGAAAACGCUGCAGUCUCAACAUCGUCUUCGUCUGCAAAGCGCAAGUCGUCACCUUCCGUUUCUACUCCAUCCGCCGAUGCACCUCCCCGACCGAAAAAGCACAAAAAGACUGGUUCCCUUACCCCAGCGCCGGCACCGGAGGAUAUUCCUCCCUUCUCUGGUAUGAUCACCAAGCAAGACGUUUUGGGUUGGUUCCAGCGAAACAAGAAGAAGGCUGUUCCUAUGAAUGAGGCGAUUGGAGCGUUUAGAAAGAGAAUUGUUGAUGCCGGGCCUAAUAGGGAUGCCAACCAGAAGUUGUUCUUGGGGUGGAUCAGGAUGGUGGCAGAUCAGGAAAACGGGAACUUGAGUUUGAAGCCCGAGUUUAGACAGUAAUCAUCAUGCAGAAACACUUUAUCUAUCGCCACAACCAUAUCAUCAUGCAAUGUACGCGUAGUCAGCUCAAGCCAUCUGUCAUUCUGCUCAUCCUCCCCUCGGCUGCGCAGUAAACUUCUCGGUCUACGGCUUGCCGUUGAUUUGGUCCAACAUUCUUGUAGCUGGCGAUGUCCUUGUUGGAUUUCAUCUUCCUGUGGCCUUGACUUUUGACUUGUUAGUCGUAUCUUUAGGCACGCAGUUAGUCACCAUUGUUUGCGUCAAUCAAAAAAGGAAGAAUGAAGAGUUUACCGUGUUUUCGAAAGACUUUUCACGAUAUUUUGAAUGUUUUGCACUUUCUAUACUCAGUGUUAGGCACUUGCUACUGGUAAAGCUUAGAAUUAUGAACAGAAGAUCGCUCAGAGGAAAGAUGAUGAUCGCAAUACCGUUGUACUACUGAG